AUGGGCGGCGAACAUUCGACAACUCGACAUAAAAAAGGCGUGGUCUAUUCGAAGAAAACUGGUGAGAUCGUUGAGUGUUUAUUUUGUCGCAUCGUACGUGGAGAGUCACCAGCAAAUCAACUAUGGUAUGCUGACGAUCACUGUGCAGUUUUCAUUCCGCGAGGACCAGUCGCGCGAUUACAUUUAUUAGUUGUACCAUUAGAACACAUUCAAAAUAUUUCAACACUCACUGAAGAACAUCGCCCACUGUUAGAACACAUGAGAAAAGUAGCAAUCGAACAGCUUCGUGUUCAUUCUCAGUACAUCGGAUCUAGUGAAUCUCCAUUGGUACCACUUGCACCUCCUCCAUCUCAUUAUGCAUUUAAUCGAGGAAAUUUGUCGAUUUUAAAUCCAGAUAUCGUGUCUUACAAAGAUGAGAAAACUUCAAGGGAUGAUUCAUUUGACUUUUGUUUUCAUCGUCCACCUUACAAUUCGAUUGAUCAUCUUCAUUUGCAUGCGAUUCAAGUACCUUUUCGAAAUUUGGGCAAUCAUUUGAUGUUUGCGAAAGCAUUCCGCUGGCAUGCAUCGUUUGAUAGCGUCUUACAUAGUCUAGCGUCGCCGAAAGCGAAAUUGUGA